ACCCACCCUCUAUACUCACUUUCUGAAAAAACCAAAGCUGAAAUCUUAUCUAUCCAUGGCGUCUUCCAGUUUCCUCACAGCAGCUAAACCCUUUUCUUCUUUAAUUACAGACCUUCGUUCUUCUUCCUCUUCUUCUGUUCCUGCUAAAACCACAAGUUUAGGUCUACGAAGAAAUUCACUCAAGGUUAAUGCAAUUGCAACCAAGUAUGAGCCUACAAAGGUUAAGCCACAAGCUGACCGAGUGCUAAUUCGUCUGGAGGAGCUACCUGAGAAAUCUGCUGGUGGAGUUUUAUUGCCAAAAUCAGCCGUCAAGUUUGAACGUUAUCUUAUGGGAGAGAUUCUUGCUGUCGGUUCCGAUGUAGGGGACUUAGAGGCUGGGAAAAAGGUUCUUUUCUCUGACGUAAACGCGUAUGAGGUGGAUCUGGGAGAGGGAAAACACUGCUUCUGCAAAGCAGGAGAGUUGCUGGCUGUGGUCGAGUAGACAAGUCACAAGUGUGAAAUCACUUUAUCUUGUUCCCUGCAGCUCAAAAUUGAUCGUAGCGAGUGUUAUUUGAUAAAAGUUUUGUUGGCAGUUAAAAUACACAAGAAUUUGAUUUCAGAUUAUUAUUAUUAUUAAUCAGAAGCACUGAUUUAAUCCUUCUUGUUUCUGUUCGGACUAAUGUAGUCGAAUGAAUAAUGUCGUUCUACAAACAGAA